CUUCCCAAAAAAAUGUUGUUAAUUAGGAUUGAACAUGAACCACUCUCAAAGAACUGCCUUGUCAUGAAGGUUUAAUCUGCUGUGUAAUCUUCGUUUGUACGUCAUACCAUGUCAAACAUGAUGUCCCAGCAUGUUGCUUAUCAGCUGUUCGCCAGCCGGUUAGCGAACUCUCAUUCUACCACAGACAGUCCACACGGUCUGAUGGAGCCUGUGGAGGGAGAGCUGCAGGGGCUCAAUGUAGGCAGCUCCAACUUGCUGGGCCUGCCGGAGACUUGCCCCUGGGACAGCGACGAUGAACUCCUGGGUAUUGGAGGCAUCAAACCCAAAUCAUCACCUAUUCCAAGGCGCCGAAGCUCAUUGUCCUGCUCCGAUGAUGAAGCCCAGCCUCCACCUUCCAGCUCCCGGAGAGUGUCUUUUGCGGAUGCUUUUGGCUUGAGUUUGGUCUCUGUAAAGCAGUUUGAUACCUGGUCCAUGUGUGAUCCCUCAGACCCGUUGGAGAUUGAUCCUAAGGAUGCGAAGGAGUACUAUCUGGAACUUCUCUUUGCUCUUCCACUGACACUGGAGGAGCUGCUCUAUAGGGUCCAAGAGCAGAAGGUCAAUCUGGAGAGUCUGGAGCUUCUCCCUGGAACAACCACACUGAAAGGAACUGUUCGUGUUCUGAACUUGUGUUUUGAUAAGCUGGUCUACAUCCGCACUUCUUUGGACUGUUGGAGCAGCCAUUUUGACCUGUUGGCAGAGUAUGUGCCUGAGUCAAGCCAAGGGGUUACGGACUGUUUCUCUUUCAAGCUAACGCUGGUGCCACCUUUUGGGGAGCAAGGAGAGAGAGUGGACUUUUGCAUUCGAUAUGAAACCCCUUUUGGAACUUUCUGGGCUAACAACAGUGGACAGAAUUAUGUUUUGUUUUGUCAUGAAAAGGCAAAAGAUCAAGAUGAAAAUGAGAAACUUAAACCAAAAAGCUGUCUGAAACCAAGCAGACAUUCCUCUACAACCAGCACUACCUCAAAUGCAGAGGAAAUUCCAGAAAUAAUCCUGAAUUGCGGAAUAGCUGCUGUUACUGAACCUGUGGGCGUCAAAGAAGAAAAACUACAGGAGGAGCACAUGAACCUGAAGGAGGAAAACAGCAAAAACUGCAGUAGGAGAAAGAGAAGAAAAGCUGCCCGGAUGGCAAAACUACAGCAGUACUUUGCACAAAGAGAUGGAAAAGACCUCCAACAGAUUGAGACAGACACUGAUGAAGUGGAUGUCCCUGUUCCAGCAAUAGAUGAGGCACCUUUAAACCUGUCAUCACCACAAACAAAUGUCUCUUCUUUGCUGGCUGAGCCUAGAAACACUGAAGGACAGAAAUCCAUUGCAGGUUCUAUGGAUGUUGAGAAAAACCAGGUUCCUGAUGCACAAACUCAAACAGAGGAAAGGGACAAUAUUCCAGUAAUACACCCUGAACUAAUCACUUCCAAAUCCCAGACUAGGCAACCCCCCUUGGACUCUGUAAACAGCCAUAAAUCUGUGGUAGACUCUCAGCUGUUGGAGAGCAGCCAAGAUGAAGAGACAGUUACCAGCCAGUCUGUUUCACAUAAGUGCCAAACUUCAGACAAAUCUAUUGUUAAAACUGUUGAAAAGGCUUGGGAAUGCUUUGAAAAAUGUGCUAUGGAAAAGAUGGGGAGCACUGCAGACACAAACAGUAGUGUAGACAAAACAAAUCAUGUGGACAACACACUCUUAGAGAAUAACCAAGGCACUUGGUCAUUUGGUCAUCACUACACAUUUGAGACAAUAGUGGCUCCACUUUACCAUCAAGUUUUUGAAAGAAUGGAAAAUGACAGAAGAGGGGUUAAGAACAGUACAUCCAAAGCUGACGAGUCAGCUGGGAAAAUAGACGAUGGGAGUCUGAGCGUAGUCACGUACCCAAGGGUAGCGACAAGGUCAAAUCCUGAAAUAUCAGCAAAACACGUGAACGAUGAUGAUUAUCAUGGGGCCUGUAAAGAAACAUUUCCAGAACAUUUACAUAACACAAAGAGCGCUAGUGAAAAUGCUUUAUCUGUUCCGAAUGUGAAAACAAAACUUGUUGCAGAGAUUGCUUUUCAGGACACUGCUUUACCAGAUAUCACAGACAAUCUGUUGGGUGCUAAUAUUUCAGAAUCAAAAACAACACAAGUGGUUGUACCUAUAGAGACACAACAUUCCUCAAACAGCCAGCCCUCAGUUUCCUGGGAAGAAUCUUCAAUUGAUCAGACAGAACAAACACCAGAAAUGAUUAUUUUACAAAGUGAAUGUUUGGACGAUACAGAAUAUUCACUAGAUAACAAGCAUCCCUAUAGUGGAUAUUCACUAAACACCACCAUACAGCAAGAGCUGAUGUGUAUAGACCAUGCAAUUUUACCCACACAGUCUGAAGUAGACGUAACAGCUGCCAAACCCGCACCAGCUAUAGUUUCUGAAAAUCCACAAUCUGAGGACAGAUCAGUCACCCAGACAUCUACUGAAACUCAAAUUAGCAAUGAGAUCAAUAAUACACAGGACAAGGAAGCCCAAACAUCAGAGCAAACCUUGAAUACUGGCAUCAAGUGCCUGGAGGAAAGCUACACUCCCAUGCCUGACCCUACUUUGUUUCAUUCUGACAUUUCCUCAAAUGUCCAGUCUGAAGUAGACGUAACAGCUGCCAAACCCUCACCAGUUAUUGUUUCUGAAAAUCCAAAAUCUGAGGACCGAUCAGUCACCCAGACAUCUUUUGAAACUCGAAUUAGCGAUGAGAUCAAUAAUACGCAGGACAAGGAAGCCCAAACAUCAGAGCAAACCUUGAAUACUGGCAUCAAGUGCCUGGAGGAAAGCUACACUCCCAUGCCUGACCCUACUUUGUUUCAUUCUGACAUUUCCUUGAAUGUCACACCUAAAAUGAUCCAAAGUGAUGCUCCAUCUCCCUCUCAGGAUCUGACACAAGUGACCAUCCAACCCCAAAUUCCAGCCACCAAUUUAUUUACUCAAAGCCUAGAGGUGACUGGAGCUACAGUUCCUCAACUCCAAACUACAGAUUACACAAAUCUGAUCCAGAAAACAACCAACACAUGUCAGAAUAGUGAUAGUUCUCAUCAUGUUGAGAGUGGAGAAUCAUAUCCAAGUGAUAGAAAUGAUGGUGUUGAUAGUUGGGAAGAAAUGGAAAAUGAAACUUUUCAGACAGAAAUAUUACAUAUGAGCCCAGAAGACACAGCUGAAGAUAGGAACUUUAUAGAUGUCAGCCAAAUCAAUAAAAAUAAAGGACAUAGAAGUUCACAUUUCAGUUUUCCUGAUGAGGUUACUGAUUUUGAUGAUCUUUUGGUUAAAGAUAUGGCAAUGUCUAAUAUUAGUAGCAAUCCUGAGAAUCCUGAAGAUGCCUCGCAAGAAGAAGAAGAGAUUAAAGAAAAUGACCAGGUAAAGAAUCCUGAUAAUAAUGAAGAGCAAGAAUUAACAGAUAUGACAGAAAAUCAAUCAGAGGAAGUAAAGGAAAUAAGGGAGGUAGAAAAGCAAAUAGAAGAGAAAGAAGAACAAGAAGACAACAAACAAGAAGAUCAAGUAGAAAAAGAACAAGAAAAUGAUGAAAAAGUGGAAUUAGGUAUUGAAGACAAAUUUAAAGAUGGGUCAUACUACCCAGAGGAUGAUAAAGAAGAGGUAAAGAAGGACGAGAAAGAAAAAGAUGCAGAGCCAAGAAGAAAUGGAGUGGAAUGGGAAGCUCUUGAAACAGAGAUUGAGGAGCAGGAGAUGGACGGUGGAGUCACGUCUGUGGCUACGCUACAAAGCAUCCCUAAUAUAGACUCCUUUAUUAGAGACGUUCACCUACAUGUGGGACAGGAGCAGCAAAACACAGGUUUGGAACAGACGUCUGAGGAACCAGUAAGUGAAAGACACUCCACUGGUGAAGAAGAAGAGAGCUUCUGUGGAAAGGAUUCAUCACAGCAAGCUCUGACACUUAGCAGUGAUGUAGCAUUCAGUGACCAAGUUGAAGAGAUAGAAAACAUUUCAGAAUUCGUUGACCAAGAGGAAGAUGUGUGCUGCCAAAUAGACGAAGAGCAUGUGGUAGAAGAUGCUAUUGGCGAGGUUGAUGCAGUGCCGGAGAAGCAGGAGAGGGACUGCGUAAAUGAGCAGAGUGAGAACAUGGAUGACAGUGCCUCCACAGAAUCUCUAACAGAUGAUGAAAUGGAGCUGUAUCUCCUCAGACUGAAGAACAUAGAGCAGUCAGGACUUAAAGAUGCCAUCUCUAUGGGAAAGAGGCACUCCAUAAGCAGAACAUGGACAAUACCAUCACCCAUGCCUUCAAUUUCAGAAUAUAUAGAUGAGGACCAGCCAAAUGCUUUGCUGGAUGACCUGACAAAUGAGGAAAUGAUAGAACUAGAGAGAGCCGCUCUACCUCUAUUGGACGAAGAGCAGGAAGUCACUGAGCCGAAUUUGUUAUGGUGGAGAGAGUUCUUCUCUUCUGAUAAUAUGCCAAAAAUGAUUCUGUACACCCUUUUGUUUGUUGUUUUUUUAAUAACCACAUACAUUUGUGACUUCAUUGCAUGUUUUGGACUCUACCUGCUUGCCCUGUAUUGGCUCUACUUUCAAGUACAGAGAGAACCUUUAAAAGGCACUUGACCCAACACGACAAAAAGACUAUUUCUGGUUUGUAAAUGAAAUUUUUCCAAUUGUGGGCCAUUAUCUGUAUUUCAGCUCUAUUGUUUGUUAAUGUACAUUGACUCAAAGGUCUCUUUCAUUACAACAUGAGAAAUUAAACCAGAUUUGGAUAUGCAGCUUGUUUGCUAAUUGGGAAUGACAGCUUUUGAUAGUGUUACAGCCAUUCUUGAGUAUAAUGUAUAAUUUAAACCUGUUCGUGUUGAAAGCUAGCAUCCACUCUUAAUGAUGAGUUAUUAAAUCUCCACGCUUUUGCAAUGUGAUGCAGGUCAAGUUCCCUUCAAGCACAUUUCUACCAUGUUUAGCUGGUAAUACAUGACUGACUACAGUGAGCAACUGAACAAAUAUUCCUAUUUGUCUUGUCUAAGACAAAAAUAAUGUAGCUUGUCAUGUAACAGAGAAACUGAAAAGCACAAACUCCUCUGUCCUGAAGACUCUCACAUGGUGGAAAACUAUCUGACCUUUACAAAACACUGACACUGGGGACUCCUUCCAUAAUGUUUCACCAUGUCGAUUACAUAUCGACACUUUUUGUUAAAUAACACGUUUAUACAUUUAUUUAUUAGUAACCUUAGAUUAUGUUGUGAGUCCAAGUCCUACAAGUCCCUGUAAAUGAGUUGUUACUUUAGAAAUGAUGUAUUACAAGUGCAUUAAUAUACACCUGUGAUGUACUUGGAAACCAUUAUUGUUAGAACUGCUAGUAUAGGAAAUUAAUCAACACCUUCUGACAAGUCAGAUUCAAGAGUUCAGCAGCGCUGCGAUAUAAUGAAAAUAACCAUGAUGUCACCUACAUUAACAUCCAUUAACAAUGAUCCAAAUCGAUGUUAUGCUGAAGUCUUCCCAGUUAGCAAAUGAGCUGCAUGGCAUGCAUUGUUGUUGAGAUGUAAUUUGUGCAUGUUGGCUAGCUGUAUGUGUGUGCUAUCUGUGCUGACAUUUGUUAUAUAUAUGAUUCAUAGAGCUGUUAUCAGAGCGGUUUUAAUAAACACAGCAAUUCCAUA